AUGGAUCCUCUCUCUUUUACGGCUAGCCUUUUAACAGUUGCUACCUUGGCCGCCAGUGUUACAUCGACGUUGUCGAAUCUCAGACAUGUUGGUGAGCUGCCGGGCCGACUACAAGCUAUCAACAAUGAGGUGGCCGAUCUUGAGGUCAUUCUUCACGAAAACCCUAAUUCCCUUGCGGACGUGCUGCGCCGAGCAGAGAGCAAGCUUCGAGAAUUGGAAACCAUCAUCAGCCUGCUGGUGAGGUCUUGCGUUGGAAACGGCAAAUUUCUUGUUCGCGCAAAGGUUUGGUUGACAGAGAAGCCCAAACUGGAUGCACUCCACGAGGAGCUGCACUCCCUCAAGGCUACCCUGAAUCUCAUUCUGGGAGUUAUCCAUUCCCAAGACAUGAUGCGUGUCCAGCUGGACCUCCAGAGCAUAUCACUGGUCUCUGCCAGGAUGACCAACGCCCAAAUUGUGUUUCGAGACGAGAUAAAUUCAACCAUUGAUAAAAGCGCCCACCGUGUCGAUGAAAGGCUGGCCACUUUGGAAAGGGCCCUUAACGAACAGCUUUCUCGACUCCAGCUCCGCCUAAACUCGGAUAUGGGCGCCAAGCUCCACGGACAAGCGCCAAAUUUAAGCACCGUCCAGCAGAACCGAAAAUCGUUCGCUCCUUCCAACCAAGGCAUUGUUAGGAUCCGUGCUGCUCAUUACAUUGGCAAGAUAUGCGAGGCAGAUUGUAGAUGCGCCUGUCACCAACGCGUCAAAUAUCAUUCUCCAAGUCUUGUUGGCCCCGUCGUGGGGCAGCUGUUUUUUGGCUACGCGGGAUUUCCUCGUAUCCGCAGCCGUUGCGACGAUGACCGCUGCGGACGAAGCAGAGCACGUCAUGUCAGCAUAGAAUACUGGUUCCCACUGUGGUUCUUGUCACGGAUUCUAAUGAUCAUUCUCUCACUUCAACGGUCCGGCCCAGAGCUUCGGCUUCGCGUUGUCCGGAGGAUUCCAGACGCCGCCCAAUGUAUUGAUUUUGCAAGAACUGGCAACAUCGAAGGCAUCAAACUACUCUUCAAGGAAGGGCUGGCGUCCCCGUUCGACGUCAGCCAGUCGCGGAACUUCUCCAUGCUUCGCUGGGCGGUCUUCGACAGGCAGUACGAAACUUGCAAAUUCCUUCUAGAUGCCGGCUCGGAUCCCAACCAAGCAGGCGCAAGUGCAAUGAUGUGGGAUUUUUUUCUCUGGGCUACCAUUAACGAUUCAGAUCUGGAGGCUGUCACAAAUCUCCUAGCUGGUAGUGAUUUUGUGGACGACCAGAAAUUCCCCAUGAUCCACAAAAUAAUUCUCAAGAUGUCGUUGCGAAGUUUGGAGGACGAAUUAUUUUACAAUGUAGAUGCUGUAUUCCAGACAGACGCCAGAGGUCGCACCGCCCUGUUUUGGGUGGCAGCCCGGGGAGAUGAGCGCUCCGCGAUCACUCUUCUCGCAUGUGGGGCUGACCCCAAUGCCAUGGACCAGGACGGCAGAGUCCCCCUUCAUCUUGCAGCAGAGUCAGGACGUACUGGUUGCAUCCGCCUCCUUCUAGAAGCUGGAGCGCAAACCGAUCCCAUCUCGCUUCAAGGCACCCCGCCUCGUACACCGCCACUCGUGCUUAUCGGGCAAUUUGGGGACCUCUUGGCCCUGAAGACCAUUCUAGACUUCAACCCGAACAUUGAAGCUCGAAGUCCGGAUGGGGAAACUGCGCUGCUGGCUGUGGCGCGUCGCCAGACGGCGGCGCAUGCCCUGCUUCUAUUGGAACACAACGCCAAUCCCAAUGCCAUGAUGAACGACGGAAAGACACCGCUAACGGCAGCCAUCACAUAUAACAAUGGGGGUGUCCUACGGGUCCUGCUUAAUGGCUGGAACAAUUAUAUCACUUGUCCCCGCCUCGCCGGUCCGAACCUACUAGACGUCGUGGCCGACUUUGCCGACACCGAGACGAUCCAUAUUUUGGCCAUGGCCGAGCAUCUGCGAUUUAAUAGCGAUAGACAGUAUGUGCUUUCUGCAGGGGCAUCAGAACGUAUCCGAAACCGCCCAAAUGCGUCGGAGAAGCUCAUAGCUGCAUUUGACGAACUCUUGUGCCUCAUGUCCCAGAACGAUAUGGAAAAAGAAACCAGUGUCUUGAUGGAGAGCGGGCUCUUGGGCUACAGGACAACUUCCCCAGAAAGCUGCUGUGAUAUAGAUUUUGAGGAUGCGCUUGACACCAUUGACAAUAUUGACAUAGACUAA